AUGGACCGAACAUCUCGCUCAACCUGUCGGUCGUCAUCUAUGGCUUCUCCCAUCCCGGAUGCUACCUACUCGUCGCCGGUAUCAGCAACGUCAUCCCAGGGAAGAGGCUUUCCGACGACUGUCGGCCUCGGCAUCUCUGAUUGUGGGCUUGAAGCUUCCGUUGACCCUAUGACGGGCUACCACAGUCAAAUAUCUUAUUCAAUGAGCUCUGUCAUGCCGCAUAACCUCAUGUCGGCCGAGAACAUUUACAACCUCCCUUUGGAAGCUGAUGACUUCUGCGGUAGGUCGUGCUACGAAAUCUACAACGGCCUUCCGGAUCCCUCGCAAACCUCGCUCGGUUUCUACGGAACCCAGCCCAUGAGCAUGACCCACAGCUAUGAUCCUGCAAUGGAGGUUGGUACCGGCCAGGGUAUGUUUCCAGGACAAAUGAAUGGGAUGCCAGGCCUCUGGGCAAACACGCCACUUUCAGCACCACCCACGCCGCUACAGUCCAUACCUGCCACAGCAGCUCGGACGAUAGACAACCAGUGGAAUCAUGGGAUCUAUCUGCAGACCAAUACUUCUUUUCAGUCACAGGCUCUACCACACACUAGGGCCUUUCAUCCACCGAUCCCAAUUGCGAGCGACAGCCACGCAAGCAGGCCCACCCGAGAGCAUCACACCAAGACAAUGCCAACUGUUUCCAUCCCUCAGGAUAUCACAGCCAGUGACAGCACAGCUGACGCCGCCUCCAAGACAAGCAAGCGAGGAAGGAAACCCUCGGCAGAGAAGGGCUGUAGAUGCCCCGUGUGUGGCUUCUAUUUUACUAGGCGCUCGAAUUGCGUCGCGCACCAGAAGAAGCACGACCCUACUUUCCAUCGAGCUAUCCCCUGCGACGAAUGUAAUAAAUCGUUUGGGAGGAAUGCGGACCUGCGGAGACAUAUUGAUACCGUUCACCGUGGUAUCCGCAAGCACGUCUGCAAAUGGUGCUCUCGCCGUUAUACUCGGUGGGAAAAUAUGGCUAAACAUUUUGCCGAAUGUGAAGAGAGGCCAGCGAACGAGAGGAUACCCUCUCCUACCCCUCGUCUUUCCCAGGACGCCGACUACUGUUAG